AAUAAGCUCUCUAUCUUUCUCUCCGUUGUUGAUCAAAAUGGAAGUGAGAGGCUCAAUGAUAUGUGUGUUCUUAAUGUGUUUCAUCUUUGGUCACAUACUGAUAAGUCACAAAAAUGACUUCGUCGAAGCCAAGAGCAUUCCUAAAUUUGAAGAUUUAGAAAUGGAGAAGAGACUAAAGAUUAUCAACAAACCUGCUGUCAAGAUCAUCAAGACUAUAGAUGGAGAAAGCUACGGAUGUGUGGAUUUUUACAAGCAACCAGCCUUUGAUCAUCCUUCUAUGAAAAAUCACACAUAUCAUUACAAGAUGCGUCCAAUAUGGAAAGGAAUGAAAGAAAAAAAGACAAACAAUACUGGAUUUGGUUACUUAUGGGAGAAUGGUGUGGGUUGUCCCAUUGGUACAGUCCCUAUACAAAGAGUCACCAAAGAAGAUCUCUUGAGGUUUGACUCAUUUGGGGAUGAUCAUAAACCCCGUGGCUCUUGGAACACUACCACUAAUGAUCCUAACAAUGGUGUUCAUUACAACCAACAUCAUUAUGCAGUGACUCGGACUACAGAGUUAAAAGAAAGGUUCCAUGGAGCAACGAUGGAACUUUGUAUAACCGCUCCUAAGGUUAGGCCUGGCCAAUAUAGUGCUGCUCGACUUCACAUUCAGAUGGGAAGAGAUUUCAUCCAAGUUGGUUCGACUGUAAAUCCAGUAUUGUACAAAGACACCCAGCCUCGGCUCUUCGCCUAUACAAAUAUUGCAGGUGGACAAUCAUGUUACAAUUCCAAUUGCAACGCUGGAAUGAUACUCGUUCGUCAAGAUUUGCCGCUUGGUGUACCAUUGGUGCCAGUGUCUAUUCGUAGUGAUAAGACAAGUCACUAUGCAACCUUCGGUCUAAUCAAGGACCAAGUAAAUGGAAAUUGGUGGUUACAGUUUAGUAAAACAGCUGAGGAAGUUGGAUUUUGGCCGUCGGAUAGAUUUCAUCAAAGCUUUGGAAAUAAAGUCGAGUGGGGUGGAGAAGUGUAUAAAGCAUCACAACCGAGUCCUGAAAUGGGAUAUGGACUUUUUCCUCUUAUGGAUAUGAGUGCCGAUGCAUAUAUAUCACAUAUAACCGUACUCGACACCAAUUAUAAGAUAGACAGUAAAAUGUACUACAUCGAAGAAUUCUCAGACGAUAAGCGAGGCUACCAAAUUUUGGGCCACUACAGCAGUCACGCAGAUCUCGGUCAUAUAACAUUUUUUGGUGGUCCUGGAAAUAUAUGAAUAUUGUAUGAUUAAAGAUUCGUGAAAUAAAAAUUAA